AUGGCGAGUGUGAGAGUAACAGCAGCAUUUCUGUCGCGUAAAGCGAUCACCGCGUGCCGGCCGCAUGUUUAUCUGGGAGUUCGCUGCACCAACGCGCGGCCACUCCUCUCAACAAAGCAGAGCACUUAUUACUCAACAAGUGCUCCAAAAUUCUCUGCGCUUGCCCCGAAGAUUGAACGCGGUGGAUCUAAGUUGUUUAAGGAUGCCGACGCCGCGGUCGCAGAUCUCAAGAGUGGCUCUACUAUCUUGAGUUCCGGCUUCGGUCUUUGCGGGGUUGCUGAAACAAUCAUCAAUGCCAUGCAUCGCCGUGGUGCUGAUCAAUUGCACUCCCUCACGGCGGUCUCGAAUAAUGCCGGUGCCGCUGGCAAGGGCGGGCUCUCAACGCUGUCACAGAACGGGCAGUUGGAUCGGCUGAUUCUGUCAUACUUGGGCAAUAACAAGGCGCUGGAGAAGAAGUAUCUAUCGGGAAAUAUUGCUAUUGAGCUAUGUCCCCAGGGUACAUUGGCCGAGCGUCUCCGUGCUGGUGGCGCGGGCAUCCCGGCAUUCUUCACGCCGACUGGAGUUCAUACUUUUAUUCAAGAAGGGAAGAUCCCUGUUCGUAUGGAUGAGUCUGGGAAGGUUCUGGAGUCAGGCAAACCACGCGAGACUCGCGAAUUCAAUGGCAAGACAUAUUUGAUGGAAACAGCUUUGACGGGUGAUGUCGCUAUUCUGCGAGCUUGGAAAGCAGACGAAGCCGGUAACUGUGUCUUCAGAUACACAACCAAGGCAUUCGGCCCGAUCAUGGCAAAGGCUGCUACACUUACUAUUGUGGAAGCUGAGAACAUUGUCCCACUUGGGUCUAUUGAUCCCAACGACGUCGAUCUCCCUGGUAUUUUCGUCGACCGUAUCGUGCCUGCAACAGAUGAGAAACAUGUCGAGAUUAAAAAAUUGCGAGAGAGCGAGACAGACGACGUGAAUGGCACAACCAAGAACGAUGCUCAGGUUCAAAGGGAGCGUAUUGGCCGCAGGGCAGCCAAGGAGCUUAAACAAGGAUAUUAUGUGAACCUCGGUGUUGGUAUCCCAACACUUGCUCCAUCAUUCCUGCCCAAGGAGGUGAAGGUGUGGAUUCAAUCGGAAAAUGGAAUUUUGGGAAUGGGACCAUACCCCACCGAGGAUGAAGUUGAUCCUGAUAUCAUCAAUGCCGGCAAAGAAACAGUCACAUUGGUUCCCGGUGCUGCGACCUUCGAUAGCACAGAAUCAUUCGGUAUGAUCCGUGGUGGCCAUGUGGAUGUUUCAAUCCUUGGGGCCCUCCAAGUUAGUGCCAAUGGUGAUUUGGCCAACUACAUGAUUCCCGGAAAGGUUUUCAAGGGCAUGGGAGGUGCCAUGGAUCUCAUCUCCAACCCAGACAAAACUAAGAUCGUGGUGGCAACCAGCCACGUCGCGAAGGACGGAUCUCCUAAGAUUGUCCAGAGCUGCAGUCUCCCUCUGACUGGUGCUAAUGUCGUGAGCACCAUUAUAACUGACCUGUGUGUCUUCCAGGUCAACCGUGCCACGGGGGAGCUCACACUUACCGAGCUGGCUCCAGGUGUUGAGGUCGAAGAGGUGCAGAGCAAGACUGAUGCUAAGUUUGCUAUCGCGAGUGAACUAGGAAUCAUGGAUUAA